GACACAUUACGGUUCAUUCACUAGUAAUAAGACGAGUGAUGAACAUCCGUGGCGCACUGACGCACCAAGUUCAGCACCAUAAACAAGCAGUGAGACGCGUACCACACAGCCAAGUGACAAUUGUGGAGUACAGUACUAUACAAGGGGACGCCUGCUGACAGAAAGAAGCACGGCUUGGAUAUUUAGUCUUCCUUCCCUCACCUUUGGAUAACUUGGAGAUUGGAAACGCUUUCUCUGGACGCCUUUGACGCACACAAACAAGGAGCUAAAAGGAGAACUCCCAGGGAGUGAAGAAGGAUAUAUACACGUUUUGAAGAUUUUUUUUUUUUUUUUCCCCCACUUGUUGUUUACCUUGGUGUAAAUACUUUUGGAAUAGAGAGGUUUUUUGCUGUAAAAUAGGUUUCAUUGGCUGGUGACGCGGCUGCCCUGGAGAAGCGAGAAGGAUGGCAGCCUGGUUCACCUUUACCAUUGCAUUCAGCACCACGUUGAUAACACAGGUAUUUGGCUCCGGUGUUUUUGAGCUUGAUCUGCACGAAUUUAAAAAUCAUAAAGGUUUGCUGGCAAACGGAAACGCAUGCAAACCCAACUGCAGGACUUAUUUUAGAAUUUGCUUGAAGAAUUAUCAAGCUGUGGUCUCGCCAGGUGACUGCAUUUUUGGAAGUACAAUGACACCGGUGGUGGGGACAAACUCUUUCAGCGCCAAGGACAGUGGCACUUUACCUAGACCGAUCCAAAUACCCUUCAACUUUGGAUGGCCGGGUUCGUUUUCAUUAAUAAUUGAAGCCUGGCAUUCACCUUAUGGAAGUCUACCUGUAGAUACCAACAGCCCUGACUUUUUGAUUAGUUUUUUUGCCAUCCAAAGACAACUGGGUGUAGGGGCUGACUGGUCUCAGGACACACAGACUGGGAAACAGACAGAGCUGAAGUAUUCUUACCGGUUCAUCUGUAAUGAAAGUUACUACGGAGAGAGCUGUUCCAAAAAAUGCACGCCCAGAGAUGACCGAUUCGGCCACUACACCUGCAACCGAGACGGACAGUUAUCCUGUCUACAAGGCUGGAAGGGCAAAUACUGCGAAGAACCUAUCUGUCUGGAGGGCUGCAGUGAAAGGAAUGGAAACUGCUCCAAACCUGGAGAGUGUGUGUGCAGAGAUGGCUGGCAAGGCACAUUCUGUGAUGAGUGUAAGACAUACCCGGCCUGUAAACACGGUACCUGCCAGCUGCCAUGGCAGUGUAACUGUCAGGAGGGCUGGGGAGGCCUAUUAUGUGACCAAGACCUGAACUUCUGCACCCAUCACCAUCCCUGUGUGAAUGGCGCCACCUGUAUGAACACAGGCCAGGGCAGCUAUACGUGUACUUGCCUGCCUGGUUUCACAGGAGUUAACUGUGAGCUGGAGAUGCAGGAAUGUGAUAGCAACCCCUGCAGGAAUGGUGGGAUGUGCACGAAUUUAGAGACCGGCUAUAAGUGCAAGUGUCCCAAAGGUUUCGAGGGCUCCCACUGUGAGCACAGCUCGCUGACAUGCAGUGACUCCCCUUGCUUCCACAGUGGCAAAUGCAAGGAGAAGGACAAUGGACGCAGCUACAUGUGCGAGUGUCCCCGCGGCUACACCGGCCUCAACUGUGAGAAGAGAGUGGACAAGUGCACGUCGCUUCCCUGUGCUAAUGGUGGCUUGUGUUUGAUCCACGGUGGCAUGCGUGUGUGUAGCUGCCGUGCAGGAUUUACCGGCCAACAAUGCGAAAUCAACAUCAAUGAGUGCGCCGGCAACCCCUGCAUCAACGGAGGCACCUGCCUAGAUCGGAUCAAUGACUACACCUGCGCCUGUCUUGCAGGCUACGGCGGACGCAACUGUGACAGAAUCCUGGAUGAAUGCUCUAUUCGCCCCUGCCUCAACGGAGGUGUUUGCACCGGUGGUGGUGGACCCGGUAAUCCUCCAGCUACCUGUAUCUGCCCCUCAGGAGUCACCGGACCUCGCUGCGAGUUCUUCGCCGCCUUAACGUCUUCUCCUAACCAAGGUGGCUUCCAGUGGGCCGCAGUUUCUCUGGCUAUAGGGUUGGUGGCCCUGCUGGUUCUGCUGUGUAUGGUGGGCUUGGCGCUGAGACACAUUCACAGACACGCUCAGAGGGAAAGGGGAGACACAGAGACUAUGAACAACAUUUCUAAUGUUCAGAGGGACAACCUGAUACCAGCAUCACAGCUGAAAAACACCAACCAGAAAAUCGGUCUGGAGGUGGACUGUGAUUCAGAGAAAUCGAACUUUAUCCAUAAAAACUAUCACUUGGACUCAUACAACUCGAAAUCGAAGGAGUUUAAGGAUGACAAGUCACAAGAAGAAAAAAGUAUAAUUUAUGACAAGUGUUUAGAAGACAAAAUGCCCUUGAGUAGAAUGUACAGUGAAAAGCCAGAGUGUAGGAUAUCAACGAUAUGUUCCUCAAGAGACUCCAUGUACCAGUCAGUAUUUGUUAUAGCAGAGGAGAGGAGGGAAUGCGUCAUAGCAACAGAGGUAUAAACUGUGAUGGGUCUGAAAGCAAAGGAACGUGAGAAAAAAAGACACAAUCGAGGCAGAAUAUAAUAUUCUGGAUUGUUUACAAAUGCUGAGAGGAGACUGGAGAUUGUUUUAGAUGUCCACUGCUGCUCUGGAACACUUGAGAACUGGAGAGGGGAAGACGCUCUGCUCUGCAAACUGAGAAACUUUAUGUUGACCGAGUGUUUGUAUGCAAAACAUGUACAGUGAAGGACCUCUCUCAGUUGUGACAAUGGUUAAAAAGACUGAUAAAGAGACUAAAGACACAAGGGGUGAAGACUGAGAGCAUCAGCGAAAUAAUUAAUUUAUAACAUCGGCCAUCCUGGACAGUAAAAGGAGGUGAAGGUGGAACAUUGCCCCUCAUAUCUGACUCGGCCUUGUGUGAUAAUCAUGACUUUUACAGCCAACCAAUCAGUAAAUAAGGUGCCUAAGAUUUGACCCUUCCAAAUCCCCACCCCCACCCCCACCCCCCGUUCAUCCAUAUCCACUACUGCCAGCUUCGCCUGCUAUGCAAGACUCAGGGUCGAGACGAGUGAACUCACCCACCGUCACAAUCCAACCUCACAAACACUGAGAGUUAUGAAUGUAACUAAUAAUCUUUGAAAUAAUCUUCAACUGUCAAUCACGUGAAAAUGACUGGUUGGACUUUUCCAUGCAACGGUGAAGAUUGUAUGCAGCCCAAACUCACUAGAAGCCUUAAAAGAGGGGGUUUGAAUGCUAAAUUUGUGCCCUUGUCUGUUCUUGGAUCGUUUGCACUACAGAAAACAGCGGGGGAAAAUAGGUUUUAAUCAGCGGAGAUCUCAAAAGAAAACCACAGGAGCGCAAUACUCAGAGCUGUGCCAGCAAGAUCCAAGAGAGAGGAAAAGUGUGCAUAGAAAGUGUUUUUUUAUGCAACCCAACUGAGAAAAACAAAGACUCAAGACAAGGAGAAAAGACUGUCACACCACUGCCUGCCUAUAAUAAAUCUCAAAAAUACAGAACCAAUAAUGUAAUUUUUUUAAAAUGAUUAUUUCCAGAGUUUAAUUUAAAUAUGACACACUGCUCUUUAUAUGUUUUAUAAUAUUAUUUUGUAUAUAAUGCAUAUUUAUAAGGACCAAACUUCUGAGGAAUAAACUUCUUGAAAACUGUUUUUAA